AAAUAUGAAGGCUGCGUUCUUUCUGACAUUACUUUCUCUUACUUGUCUUGUUGCCCUGGUGCAAUGCCAUGGAGGGAGCAGAUAUGAUCUGCUAGGGAAACUUAUGCAGGCUCAAAGGUCGAAGAGGCAGUCAGAGGGUCACUCAAUUGAGUCCAUGUCCACAGAGUAUUCACCAGUCUAUAUGGGGCCUCAAGAUGGGUUGAAGGAAGGUGAUAGGAUCCAAGCAUUGCCAGGGCAGCCCAAUGGGGUGAAUCUGGAUCAGUACUCGGGGUAUGUCACUGUUGACCCUCAGGCUGGGAGAGCACUCUUCUACUACUUUGUGGAGUCUCAGAACUCUUCUUCUAAGCCUCUUGUCUUGUGGCUUAAUGGAGGACCAGGAUGCUCCUCUUUAGGAUCUGGGGCAAUGAUGGAGCUGGGGCCAUUCCGAGUCAACAGUGAUGGCAAUACUCUCGCUUACAAUGAAUACGCAUGGAGCAAUGUGGCAAACAUCCUCUUCCUGGAGUCUCCUGCUGGGGUUGGAUUUUCUUAUUCAAAUACGACAUCAGACUACGACAAAAGUGGAGAUAAGCAGACUGCUGAAGACAACUACACCUUUCUUCUGAACUGGUUGGAAAGGUUUCCUGAGUACAAAACCAGAGAUUUCUUCAUCACCGGAGAAAGUUAUGCAGGGCACUACGUGCCUCAGCUCUCCCAGAAAAUCCUUCAAAACAACAAGAUCACCAACCAAACUGUCAUCAACCUAAAAGGAAUCGCUAUAGGGAAUGCAUGGAUAGACUAUGAGACAGGACUGAAGGGAAUGUACGACUUUUUCUGGACACACUCUCUAAUAUCCGACGAAAUCAAUGAGGGAAUCAACUUAAACUGCAAUUUUUCAUCUGAGACAACAAUCUCGGAUGCCUGUGAACAAUAUCUUUAUGAUGCAGAUGCAGCUAUAGGCUAUAUCUAUAUAUAUGACAUAUAUGCUCCCUUAUGCUCUCCAUCCUCAAACAGUACCCGACCGAUAUCAGUAUUUGAUCCAUGUUCCGAGGACUACAUCCAAACUUACUUGAACAUUCCUGGAGUGCAAAAAUCUAUGCAUGCAAACGUCACGAAUAUCCCAGGUCCAUGGGUGUCUUGCAACGACGCUAUUUUCUACGGUUGGAAGGACAUGCCAUUGACAGUGUUGCCAGUGAUUGAGGAGCUCAUGGUCAGUGGGAUAAGUGUUUGGAUCUAUAGUGGUGACACAGAUGGUAGAGUGCCAACAACAUCGACCCGCUACUCCAUAAACAAUCUUGGAACAUCGGUUAAGACUCCAUGGUACCCCUGGUACACCCAAGGCGAGGUCGGCGGAUAUGCGGUAGGAUACAAAAACCUAUCAUUUGUGACCAUAAGAGGAGCUGGACACUUUGUUCCAAGUUACCAACCAGCCAGGGCUCUUGCCUUCUUCUCAUCCUUCUUGGCCGGAAAGCUUCCAUCUGCAGAUGAACCCUAAACAAAGAAAUUCAUCACUAAUUGAAUUUCCUUUUUAUUGUUCCAUGAAUUACAUUACCAGAAUUUUUUUUACUUAAUUUCGUAUCCCGUUAUGAUUCAAAUAAGAACAAAGUCCAAAUUGUGCAUGGCACCCAGUGAGGGACUAUUCAAAUGGAUAAAUUUAUCAAUGGUGUGCUCAACAAAAAUUGUCGACACCAUUCUUCCAGAUGUUCAACUUUGACAUCGUGGACUUUCCACGAGCAAUUAACGUGGCCAAAUGGGAUGAUUUUUGUUCA